UAGAACAUGUUUAACCUCAAAAUAUCACUCAUUGCAUGUACUAUUCAUUUUAUAUAUUAAUGUUGGUUCAUUUAUCUGAACGGUGCCAAUAAUUCUAUGUAAUAUGAUAGGAGACCAUAGCAUGGGUAUCAUAUGGUUAUUUGAGCGUCCUGGUUUUAAGUUAGCAUUACUGGCUGCUCCUUUUAAGGAUGUUAAUGUAGAUGUGUAGACAACAUAAAGCUCAGUGCUGAUGCUAAACUUGUUCUUCAGUCAUUUCUGAACACAGAUUAUUUGAUCAAACUGAAUAGAGUAGUAUCUAGUGUGUGUUAGAGAACAGGAGAAAAAGAAGAUCCAAACCUACCUUUAAUAGUGAAAGCUCUUCCAUUAUGGCUCCAUCCAUGAUCCAGUGUGGGGUGAUGAUGCUUGUCUUUGAUUUUGCUUCCGCAGGGCGUGUGCUCUGGAAGUUGAAGGAACGUGUGCAUUCAAUCCAUGAGCAAAGAGCUGAACGGCGCUUGCUAAUAACGCACAAAUCUCAUCUCAUUGAGGGUCAAAUUCACCAGAAACUUGACCAUUUUAAUGGCAAAAAUAUGGACACCCUCCCUCAGAAAUUCAUUGUGAAUGAAGCUUACUGGAAAAAGCCUGAUGGUCCUGUGUUUCUCUACAUCAGUGGUGAAGGCCCUCUGUCCAAAUUCAGCGUGUUGGCUGGUCACUAUGUGGCGAUGGCAGAGAAGCAUGGAGCACUGGUGGUGGCACUCGAACACCGUUUCUACGGUUCGAGCAUCAAUCCAGGUGGGCUGGAGCUUUGGAAUCUGCAGCACCUUUCCAGUCAGCAGGCCCUUGCAGAUCUGGCUGCUUUCCACAGCUUUAUCAGUCAGAAAUAUGGCCUCACUGACAAGAACAUCUGGAUCAGUUUCGGGGGCUCAUAUGCUGGCGCUCUCUCCGCCUGGUUCAGGGGAAAGUUUCCCCACCUCGUCUAUGGGGCUGUGGCAUCCUCGGCUCCUGUUCAGGCCAAACUGGAUUUUUCUGCAUAUAACAAGGUGGUGGGACAUAGUCUUACAGAGGAAAGUGUAGGAGGCUCUUAUAAGUGUUUAAGCAGUGUUCGGAAGGCCUUUGUGGCUCUGGAGGCAGCUCUGCUUGGAGGGAAAGAGAUGAAGGUGGUGAAGGAUUUCGGAUGCUGUGAUGUGCCAAAGAGCCGAGAGGACCGCACUGAGUUCGUGCAGAGCGUGGCUGACAUCUUCAUGGGAAGUGUGCAGUACAAUGAGGAAGGAGUGAUGCUGACCAUCUCUCAAAUCUGUGACAUCAUGACCAACCAAAGCCAAGAGGAGGCCUAUGACAGGCUGGUCGAACUUGCAGCGGUGUAUCGUGCUAUGGCAAAGGAGCCAUGUCUGGAUAUCUCUCACCAACACACUAUCCUGAACCUGAAUAAAAGCACCAGUGGCAGCUUUGGGUACAGACAGUGGUACUUCCAGACCUGCAGCGAGUUCGGCUUCUAUCAGACCUGUGACGAUGCUAGCUGCCCAUUUGUGCAUGCGCUGACGCUGCAGGACCAUACUCAGCUCUGCCCCCAGCUGUUUGAGAUUCCUGAACACACACUCCCCCUGAACAUCGCUUUCACCAACCAAUACUAUGGAGGAGCUCAGGCCCAAACCCAGCGUGUGCUCUACAUCAAUGGUGACAUUGACCCUUGGAUGGAGCUAAGUAUUGUACGAAAUGAGACCGGAGUGGAUGAGGACAGAGCCAUCGUGAUUCACGGUGCUGCUCACUGCGCGGAUAUGAACCCUACACACUCCGGGGACAAGCCCUCACUACGCCAGGCCAGGAAGGUGAGAGCGAGAGAGAGAAAGAGAGAGAGAGAGAAUGAUGGAAGCACAAAAACUGAAAUAGAUUCUGUGGGGAAACAGUAG